AUGACAACCAGAAUUGUGCUGUAUCACUCGCCAGACGUGGUGGCGUCUUGGAUGACCAUCUUUGCGACGACCCGAAUGUGGCCAUGUGCGUCCGCCGAAAGCUUUGUGUCGAUCGCCGUGGUCCAUCUACCUGUGGUUACCGACCACCUCUUAUCAGUCGCUACUGCUCUCGCUACAAACACCAACGGACAGCUUGUGAACAACUUCUGCCUUCUCGAUCAUAUCAUCAAGGAGUUUGUUAACAAGAGCAACCCCAGCUGUUCCUCGGCCUGCAUCAUGGAGCCUGCGUGUCGCUCCUUCAACAUCAAGUACAACGACCAAGGACAGAAAAUCUGUCAACUCAGUGAUGCGACCCGCUGCGAUGACCCAGAUAAGUUCCAAGGCGUGGAUAUUGUCUGCAACUGCCAAGAAUGCGUCGAUUAGUUGCGAACAUUUUCAGCCAUACGGAUAGUCUGAUCAAACAAGGAGGAAUGCAAAUGGUAUGAAAGUGUUAACUCUUGUCACCAUGCAGUCGGCUGGUUGUCAA